CCUGUAAUAUAGAAGCGCAGGAUCGAGCGCGUGUCAAAUGGAACAAUGUAACGGAUCGGAGUUGACAGCCUCAGUCGAGAGGUUACUGAUUAAUCACGGUCCGUCUCCAUAACCAUAGAUAAGGGCACGAGAUCCGCAUGAAUGACAGGAGAAUGACAGCAGGUCCGCAUUCAGCAUUUUAGUGUCUUCUUUACAAGGAUAAUUAGCUUUGAAUGGGGAACAUAAUUUGCAUGCUACCCAAGUUCAGGCAGGAUCUUACACAAGCCUGGAGUCGGGGAACGCACCUGCCUCUCUUCCUCGACCUGUAGACUCAUUCAUCAGCACCAGCCGUCUUUAAUGGGAUUAAACUCCAGAGAUCAGGUGAACAGCUGAUCUAAACUCAUGUAAGACCCUCCAGCUUCUUAAUUUCUUCUUGAUUGACAUUUUACAUCCUAAGGCCUCCGCAUGGUACUCUGGUCGAAAGAUCAAGACAAACUGUCCGACAUGUCCACCGGGACAGAAAGGAUAGAGAUGAAGAAGGAGGGGGCUCCGCCAGCGUUCCACCACUCCAAUGGGUCGGUCCAUCCGGUUAUAUUACCUGACAGCCCCGAGGAGGUGCCCCAGACCCCUGGGGAGUACGAACUCACAGAAAUGACCUCCAUACACAGUGAUCAAGAGAAUGAACGGCCGGACAUGGUGGUCCUCGACUGUCGGGCCAACGCAAAGGGCCAGAGGGAAGAGGACGCGCUCCUGGAGAAUGCCAGCCAAAGCAACGAGAGUGAUGACACUAGUACGGACCAAAGCCCGGUGCCGCCGGCUCCUCUAAAGGAAACAUCCUUUUCUAUUGGACUCCAGGUUUUGAUCCCUUUCCUGCUGGCAGGGUUUGGGACAGUUGCAGCUGGCAUGGUUCUGGACAUUGUACAGCACUGGACGGUAUUCACAGAGGUGACUGAAGUCUUUAUCCUGGUGCCUGCUCUCCUGGGCCUGAAAGGGAACUUGGAGAUGACCCUCGCAUCCAGACUGUCUACUGCAGCUAAUAUUGGACAAAUGGAUACGGCGAAGGAUAUGUGGAAAAUGAUCAUGGGAAACCUCGCACUAAUUCAGGUUCAGGCCACAGUAGUCGGCUUCCUGGCUUCCAUCGCUGCAGUCAUUUUUGGCUGGAUUCCAGAGGGUAAUUUUAAGAUGAGCCAUGCCGUCCUGCUCUGUGCCAGCAGCGUGGCCACCGCAUUCAUCGCUUCUUUGCUGCUAGGUCUUAUCAUGAUUGGGGUCAUCAUUGCAUCCAGGAAGGUUGGCAUCAACCCAGACAAUGUGGCCACCCCCAUUGCAGCCAGCCUCGGUGACCUGAUCACCCUGGCGCUGUUGGCUGGCAUCAGUACGGGCCUGUAUAAGGAACUCGAAUACAAUGACUAUGCCAACCCGUUGGUUUGUGCCUUCUUUGUCGCCCUGACACCCAUCUGGGUACUCAUCGCCCGGCGGACACCUUCCACCCGGGAAGUGCUCUACUCAGGGUGGGAGCCAGUCAUUAUCGCCAUGGCGAUCAGCAGUGUUGGAGGCCUUAUUCUGGAUAAGACAGUAUCUAACCCUAACUUUGCUGGAAUGGCGGUGUUCACUCCUGUUAUAAACGGUGUGGGCGGCAAUUUGGUGGCGGUUCAAGCCAGUCGAAUCUCCACCUACCUGCACAUGAACGCCUUGCCCAUAGCAGAGCCCAGCCCAGCCCCGCAGAAAUGUCCAACUCCCUGGAGCUCGUUCUUUGGCUCAGCUCUCAACUCACGUUCUGCCAGAGUGCUCUUCCUCCUGGUCGCUCCUGGUCAUCUGGUCUUCCUGUACACUAUUAACUCUAUGCAGGGUGGACACACCACUCUCACCUCCCUCUUCAUUGCAUUUUAUCUGGCCGCAGCUCUGCUUCAGGUUGUGAUCCUGCUGUACCUUGCAGACUGGAUGGUUAACUGGAUGUGGCAUCGAGGGAUGAAUCCUGACAACUUCUCCAUUCCCUACUUGACUGCCCUGGGAGACCUGCUGGGGACGGGCUUCCUGGCUCUGUGUUUCCACAUCCUGUGGCUAAUUGGAGAUAGGGACACAGAUGUGGGUGAUUGAUCGACGCUGCUUCCUUUGACUCUGUCCAAGCAACACAAAUGUCUUUAUUUAUAAUGCCACAUAGAUAAAUAUUAUCUAUAUUGUUAUGGCUGCAUAUGCUACCAUGAUUAUAUGGAUGACAUUAUUGCUUUGGUAUUGAUAUGUAAUUUCAUGGUUGUUUAGCUACAGGGAGAACAACAAUCCUCAUUAUUUUUCAAUGGGGAUGUUCAGCCUGAUUUUAUGGCCAGUCGCAUUGGCUGCAUGUAAAGAUGACAUCAACCUAAACUUGAAAUAUUUCACGAGAGGCAAAGGAACAUAGAAUGCUACAUCAGCAAGUGCUAGAAAAUAGUGAUAUAAAUGAUGUGUUUUGAGGGCGGUACUCACAGCCUUUGCCAACUAAAAACAAAAUAACAUAUUUGGACCAUCACUGAGUGACCUAAAUAAGAUUUCAGGCUAAAGAUUAAAAGAGUCACUUAUGUCUUAAUAGUAGAGACUGAAUCUCAAAGGGGACCUUUUGAUGAUAAAACAUGCAUAUACAGUAGAGAUCGCCUAAUUUAACAAGCAAUGCUAUGUUUUCAGGAUCUAAAUUUGCUUUAAUAGCUGUGCUUAUGGUUACAGAGAGGGAUAGUAACCCAAAAUGCUUUACUGUUUCAUUGAAAUUCUCAAAUUGUGCAAUGCGAUGAAAAGGGCUCAUGGGUUGUUUACGCUCGGCACCUAAAGGGUAAAAUAUCAGACUUUGCCUCAUUUGCGUAGGUACAUUUCUGAUACGUAAGCAAAAGUCUCACCCAGUCAAAGGCCUGUAAUAUUGCACAUGAGGCCGUCCACGUCUAUUAAUCUCCAAAAUCUCUUCAGUGGACUCACAAUGCAGUUAAUGGAUUUGUAGUGAUGGUCAACAAAGUGGUUAUUUUAAAAGGGCUGUGAGUUCUAAAAAAAAUUGGCUGUCAGAACCUUGUAAUCAAAACAGAAAUCAUAUUUGACAAUGCACUUUAAAGGCUUAAAGGCUUUCCAAAUCCCAAUGAAUAUAUUAUUCUAUUAUAUAGAGUAUUUAUACAGUUGACCCUUUGCUAAGCUCUGCCUCCCUUGGUUACUGUUGCUAAACCUGAUAAAAGUUUUACAGAGCACUUCAAGGGACAGAACUGGAGUUUCUAUGAUUUUUUAGUUAAAAGUGCUCACAAAGUGUCCAAAAUAAAUGGGAAAUUAUUCUCAUGUGAGUUGAAGGAAGCAUGCAUUGCAAAGCAUUUUAUCUGCC